AUGAGUUCCUCUCCUACCUACCCUCGCCCUGACUUCCAACGCCCCUCUUUGAACUGGAAGUCCCUUGACGGGCCCUGGAAGUUUGUCUUCGACGACAAAGACUCCGGCGUGUCGCAGAAAUGGCAGGAAACUGGGAUCUGUGCGAAUGAAGUAUCCAGUCAGAAACGCACCAUUAAGGUUCCCUUUGCAUUUCAAGCCCCGGCUUCAGGUAUCGGUCUGCAUGAAGCCCACGAGGUGAUAUGGUACGAGCGUAUCAUCACUGACAUUCGCACACCCGAUGAAAUCCGCAAGGGUAACCGUCUGCUAGUUCGAUUUGGCGCUGUCGAUUAUGAGUGCUUUGUUUGGCUGGACGGCCAACUUGUUGGUGGGCACCGUGGCGGCCAUGUGCCUUUUGAUCUAGACCUCACAGAUGCUCUGAAAUCCAAUAGUACUGAGACCCCUGCCCGCCUGACGGUUCGUGUGAGAGAUUCACCACAUGACCUCACCCAGCUGCGCGGAAAGCAAUACUGGAAGCCGGUUUCUGAGGACAUCUUCUAUGCCCCCACCAGUGGGAUCUGGCUAUCUGUCUGGUUAGAGAGCGUCUCUGCACUGCGACUCGGUGGCAGUAGCGAGGGGACAGUUCUGCGCUCAGAUGACAUUGAUAAGGGUGAAUUACAUGCCCUGGUUGCAGUCUCAGGCCGAAAGCCUGGUACCAAGUGCUCCGUUGAGAUCGAGUCAAGCUUAGGAGGUACCUUUGUGUCGACAACUGUCAAGCACCUGCCAGAAAGCAAGCAGCUUGUCAGUAUGGACGUGGGAAUGAGGGUUCCAAAUUCUUCCGAUUUACGGAACCGAGCCCCAUAUACUGCCGACGGCUGCUGGCUCAAUGACGUCGCGCUCUGGCAUCCUGAUCAUCCUAUCUUGUACGACCUGAUUCUGCGCUUAUACGAUGGCGCUGGAGCUCUAGUCGAUGAAGUGCACACCACCACCGGCAUGCGCAAUAUCAAUUGGCAGAAUGGUGACGGCACUUUCAGACUGAACGGAAAACCGCUUUGGCAAGCGCUCGUGUUGGAUCAGGGUUAUUGGCCCGAUACGGGCCUCACUCCCCCGUCUCCGGAUGCCUUAAAAGCCGACAUCGAGAUGACGAUGAGGAUGGGCUUCAACGGGUGCCGCAAGCACCAAAAGAUUGAAGAUCCUCUUUUCCUCUAUUGGGCUGAUCGACUAGGGUUCCUAGUCUGGGGCGAGAUUGCCAACGCCUAUGAGUUUGACGAGACAUAUGUCGAUCGUUUCAACUCCGAGUGGACCGAGGCUGUUAAGCGAGAUAUCAAUCACCCAUGCAUAGUAACCUGGACACCGGGUAAUGAGAGCUGGGGAUACACUUCGCUACGUGACAAUAUCGAGCAACGCAAUCACAUGCGCUCUGUAUACUUCCUCACCAAGACUCUUGACCCAACUCGGCCUAUUAAUGACAAUUGCGGCUGGGAGCAUGUCCAGACAGAUUUGACGACAUAUCACGACUACGCGGAUUCCCCAGAAUUGUCUGUUUCAUGCUCAAAAAUGGAGGGCGGGAUUCUUGGGAAGAAGGCGGGCCACGAUAUGUUUACCAACCCUAUCCUUUCAGGCAAGACGAUUUUGGAUCCAGGCGCAAAGCAUCAACAAGGAGCACCAGUUAUUUGCACAGAGUUUGGUGGUGUCAACAUCGCUCCUGCCAAAGAUACCGUCGUUGGUGAGAGGGAUUGGGGAUACACUACUGCGAGUGACUCAAAGGACCUCUUGGAACGUUUCAGAAAAUUGGUCAUGGCAGUCGUCGAAGGUGGACACUCAUGCGGUUUGGUGUACACGCAACUCUGCGAUGUUGAGCAGGAGGUAAAUGGUCUAUAUUCAUUUGACCGCCAGGAGAAAAUCCCCGCCUCGGAGGUUAAGGCUAUCAUGAAAGCAGCCGAAAAGUACUAUUACGAGAAAGUGGCGCCGAAUUGA